CUAAAAAGUUCCCAUCUUCAAAGCUUUUGGGGCACCAAGCAAUUAUGCCAUGAUUCCAUUCCUUGAUUUUCUGUGUUUUUCCUUAAAGUGAUUUGGGAUAGAAAAAAGGAGAAAAAGCUGAAUAAUUGUGAGGUUAAAUUAUAGGAGAAUACUGAAGAGCAUGAGUUGUUGAGCGCAAUCAUUUUGCCUUUGCCACCAUUUUUUUUUCAUAUACUUUUUGUUUUUGGCCUUUUCGCUUUCGGUUAAGGAGGGUGAAAGAUUAUCUCUUUCUCUUCCUCUUUCUGGAUUUUAGCCUCCUCAUGAGAUCAAGGAAGCGUAGACAAUGCUUUCCUUCUUGCUCUUCCUUUCGCAAAGUUGAUGAGGAUGAAAAUUAUAGGAGACGGAAAAAGUGCAAUGAAGAGUUGGAAUGGCCACACAAUUCAACUCAUGUCAAAUCGCAGUUAACUCAAUGUUUUACCGUUGUAGUUAAUGCUAUGGUUGGACCACGAUCAUGGACAGGACUAUUUACGCGGUCAAAUAACAGACGAAAUGACUCCUUAAGUCCUUUUCAGGAACAGAGACUUCUGAGGCUUCAAGCACGAUUACAAGUACCUUUUGACGAGAAUCGCCCUGAUCAUCAAGAAGCCUUGAAAGCAUUGUGGCAUGCUGCCUUUCCAGAUGUUGCUCUGCAAGGUCUGAUCUCCGACCAAUGGAAAGAGAUGGGUUGGCAAGGUUCUAACCCCUCUACCGACUUUAGGGGUUGCGGUUUUAUCUCCCUCGAGAACUUGCUUUUUUACGCCAGGACUUAUCCAGCAUCUUUCCGUAGGUUAUUGUUCAAGCGAGAUGGAAAUCGAGCAACUUGGGAAUACCCGUUUGCUGUUGCUGGCAUAAAUAUAUCAUUUAUGUUGACUGAAAUGCUGGAUCUUUGCUCAGAAAAACCAAGGUGUCUUCCAGGAAUAAAUUUCGUGAAACUAUUAGGAGAAGAUGAAGCCGCCUUUGAUGUACUGUAUUGUAUAGCUUUCGAAAUGGUUGAUGCUCAGUGGCUCGCAGUGAAUGCGUCCUACAUGCAGUUUAACGAGGUUCUACAAGCAACAAGGACGCAGUUGGAAAGGGAGCUGUCUUUGGAAGAUACUCAAAGAAUACAUGAUUUACCAGCUUACAAUCUAUUGUACCAGUAGCUAGCUUUAGAGGUAGUACAAAAUCCCCUUGAAAAUUUGCUUGAAUGGUUACUAGAUGGAAUGAAUAAUGAUGAUCAAACCAAGAAUUGAAAUGAUUUGAGUAUCUACAAUUAUUAUUGGAGAAAUUUUGUAAUGCUUCAAGCUG